AUGUGUUAUCUGAUAAACAUUGUUUACGGAAACACCAAGCAUAUGAUCUGCAAAACAAUCGAAGUUAAUGACAUACCAACAACUUUACAACGAGGGCCACAAGGAUUUAAAGGAGAACGCGGGCUAUCGGGUGAAAAAGGUGAGCCAGGUGUUGUCAACUACAACAUGGUGGAUGAGAAAAUUGAAGAAAUCAUUGAACAAACUACUGGUUCAUUAACCAGACGAGUAGAAAAGCUGGAAGAGCAAGUUCUCAAAUUACAAAGAAAUGCUUCGAAAUGUCUCGAGACUGAUGCCCAAGAAUCGAUUUGCGUUGGUGUUACAUACGGGAAAACUUGCUAUUGGACUGUUUUACAUUCUUCUAGAAAUGUAAACUUCGACGAAGCAUCUGUAAUAUGCACACGGAAAGAAGGGAAGAUAGCGUUCUUCCAGGAUUCACAACAUUUUAAACAAAUUAUGAAGUACAUUCGAGCAUUGAUUCCUCCUUCGCAAAGCUGGGUACACGUCUGGCUUGGAAUGACCAUAAGCCCCAAGUUUCUAACGGUGAGGCUUGCAGACGGAUCUGUUGCUCCAUUCACACAAUGGAUUUCUGGGUAUCCAAAUCCGAGCAGUACAUUAUCUAAUAUCCAGCUCCAAGUUUACAACGAAUCUUCUAAAGAACCCCAAGGAAUGUACAAUCUUUCUCCGGAAUCGAAAGAGCACGGUGUUCUGUGUCAAAAAUAA